AUGAACUCCCGAAAGAGAGCAGACUCCCCACUAGGAGAUACUGUUUCGCAGCCAGGACAUCCAAAAAUAAGAUUGGUUCACAUAUCUGGCACCGACGAACUUCGACAAGAAGUCAUCACCCUCCGCGCUCAACUAGCCAAUUACGCCAGUCAACAAUGCACCGUUGCAAAGGCCUUAGCAGUCAAUAACGAUUUGUCUUCCAGACUUAUUAUCGCAGAAGCAGAAAUCGACAUAAAAAAUGCGCUGGUGCUUGACUUGCAGAAACAGUCGUGCACUAUGCCUGGGUCUUUUGAUUCAACUGCUGAAGCCAGAUACAGCGCAAUGGACGGUGCAAUUCGGAGGAUUACUGAAGCCCUCAAUCGUUCAGGCGCCAGCAAGACAGAGCAUUUCUACGAUGUAGAAGAACAGAAUUCGUUUUUGUCUUGUUGGUCGAACGAGUUGCAGAUCGAACUACAAGAUCUUACUCAUAGAUAUGACGAGUUGCUAAAGGUUCAUCAAGAAGUCCAAACUGAAUUGGUCUACAUGCGAGAGAACGCUACUAUUGCAUCAGAUGACCACGUAGUAAAGCAGGACCCCGACAUUUUGAUCGAAGAUUCCCUUCCAAACCUUCAAAAUACACAGUGUCCAGACAACUCACAGGCUUCGGUUCAAAACGAUGUAUCCAAAGAAAUCAUCGAUGAAUAUCGGAAAUACAUUGUCAAGCUUCAAAUGUCACUAAGGUCACUUACCGAACGUUCAGAGUCACCGGUGGACGUACAGAGCUGGCUACUGAGACUAGUUUCCAUGAAGGACAUUGAAUUAAAGGGCCUGACGGAUAUCAACCUUUAUUCGGAAAGUUCUCUAAACGCAACCGUCCCGAAGUCUAGAGAUAUCGGUGUCAUGAAAGAUAUCUCUCGAGAACGAGUGGAGGACAGUCAAGGACAGCAAUCCAAGGAACUCCAGGUAGGUCCCCCUCACACCGGUCAAAUUUGCGAGAACGAGCAACUCGAGCUUAAUGAGGAACGUUUCUCGGAAAUCAAGAAUCAACAUGAUACAUAUCAGGCAAAAUACAAUGUGCUACAAGAGGAAGCGGCGGUCCUUGAACGAGAAGUACACAUAUUACACUCGGAGACGAAGGAACUUCAGUCCACGCUUCGGGCUAACGAAGCUUCGAGCUCCAAUAAACUGCAGAAUGCAAUGCAAGAAAUGAAAACACAACAAGAACAGCAAGCGGGUUUUUUCGAAGCUCAAAUUCUUGCUCUCAAUCGACAGAGAGACCUUCUUGAGGUGUCUCUCAAGCAAGCUUGGGAGUGUAAGAACUCGGAACUCAAGCGAAAAUGUGAAGAAUUUGAUAGUCUCAAGAAGGAGGUAGAAGCUCUCGAGACCAUCCUCAGUGAAAAGGACCAACAGCUUCAACGUAAUGAGCAGCAUCGUUCAGAAAUUGACAGCGCGCUGCAGAGUUAUCAAAGUCUGGAACAGGUCCGAGCUACGAGAUAUAGAGAGCUUGUCAAGGAACUUACUGCCACCAAACAGGAAGUUCAUCUACGUGAGGCACAGAAUGAGAAGUUGCAAUUGUCGUUUGAGGCCAUGGAAGAUUCGCUUCAGGCAAGAUUGCAAGAACAGCAGAAGGCACAACAAUCCUUUGAUGCACGGCUUAAUGAUAUGAGUCGUCGCAAAGACCUCCUCGAAAUUUCUCUCAAAGAGGCCUUGAAAUGCAAGAGCCAGGAACUCGAGGAUUCGCAACGAGGAUACAGUAUUCUUCGAGAAAAGAUACAAACUGUGCAGACAAUAUUGAAUCAGAAAGAGAUACAGAUCCAAGAAAACGAGUUAGAGAUAUCUAGAUUAAAUGCUAGUCUGCAACGAAAGGAGGAGGAAAAUGAUUAUGAAGAUUCUAUAGAGGUGGAGCGACUGCGAGAAGAUAUCGAAUACCUCGAGGACGCUGUUGAGCAAUUGGAAGCAUCUCGCGAUUCUUUGGAAGCAGACCUGCAAUCUGAAGCAGUCAAAGUACGAGAACGGGAAGCGUCUUUACUCCAGAAAGAAGCAGAUCAUGCUAUCAUCUGCAAAUCACUGGAGGAUCGUUUAUCUGCCUUCCGUCGUGACGACGAAACAAAAGUUGCCAAGACUCUCCUGACUGAGCUACAAACCGCAUAUGAUCUUCAAUCGACGCAACUCAAAGACGCACAGCAAAAACUCAUUCAAACAAGUAAUGAGAACAGGAAAAUAAAGUUAUAUCAGGAUCUCGUCGCCGAAAACGAGCAAAAGUUCACUGUAGCACAGGAUCAAGGGGAGAAAAUGCAAUGCCAAAUAAUGCGACUGGAGCACGAGUUAUCACAAAUUCGGAACAAUGAUAUACAUCCUACAGUGUCAGUUCUGCAAGACGAGAAUCUAACAAAGUCCUUACGAAUUAAGGAACUACAAGACAUACUAGAUUAUCACAAGAUCGACCAUCGCUCGACUUUUGUGGAUAAAUCCUGUAUCAUGCAGGCUGAUCAAUACCGAGUCCCCUCUUUUAGCUCGAGAGACACACGACUGCAGGGAGAGCUGCACACCACCUUCAGUGCACCAUCCUCCACUCGUGGUCAAUUCGAUAGUUGCACUUCAUUGAGCAUCCAUCAACCAUCUUCAUCUUCACGAAACCCGUCAAUCUCGUUUCCUUCCACAGUUGUUGAGAUGCAAUCUCCCAUUCGAUCUGUUCCUUCAAAGCCAUCUAAUGCCAAGGCUUCGGCAUCAUCAAUGCGAGGAAUCCGAUUUGGAGGCCUGAAUAAGAGCCUUCGUAACGCUCCAAUCGCCGCGGAGCUUCGGAUGACCACAAAACGGGAGUAUGUUCUGCGACCGUCAAAGGUGUUGGAGCCUUCCGACCAAUUGUUGAUAUCGAAAUCCAAACACCGCAAACUUCCAUCCCAACACCGAAAGUCUUCCAUCUAUUCGAAACGUUCUCAAGCUGACGUCGAUUCUGAUGACGAGUUGGACACCGAAGAACGGAAGGCAAAGCAAAAUGUAGGCAAGCUCCAUCGUGUACACCACAGCAAAGAGAAGGCGCGGGCCAGUGAUGAUGGAUUUACUCAGGCACAAGAACCCAUCGAAAGAGGGAAUGAGCGGAACGAUGCUGAUGAUGGACAGAAUGGACAGAAUGCCGGUAGUGCACAGAAUGACGGUAAUGGUAAUGCCGGUAGUGCACAGAAUGACGGUAAUGGUAAUGCCGGUAGUGCACAGAAUGACGGUAAUGCCGGUAGUGCACAGAAUAACGGUAAUGACGGUGGCGAACAGGAUGGUCAAACGCAAAAUAACGGUAGUACUCCCCAUAGAUUGAAUAGGGCUGGUGGUGAUGAUGGAGGUGACGAUGGAUCCGAUAGCAGUGAUGAAAGUGACGACGAUGAAGGAGCCGGUGGUGGCGAAGGGAACAGCAACUGGCAAAUUGGUGGGGGAGAUGACGUUGAGCAGGACGACAGAGAGGAAAGCGACGAACGAACAGUUGCGGAAAGCUGGAAAUUAAAGGCCGUCCAAACGCACUAUGAUGAGAGUGAAAUCAGAAAGAACAUUAACGGAGCGCUGGCCAUUAAAAACAACUAUGAGAUAGUGGAUGUUCCCUCCACUCUUCCUAGUCGUUUGAGGGCCUUUGUGGGAGGUGACGAGAGUGUGGGACCUAAGCUUCUCGGCACGUCGCUCCAUUGGCGCGGACUUUCAGCCUCCCGAAUGAGGAAAUCAAAAUGGAAUAAGGCCUUAGUUGCGAAGUUAGCUAGAGAAGCUAGACGAAUUCAGUCAGACUGCCAGGACGGCCGUUUUGGAGAAGACGUCGAGUGGAAGCAACUUUUUCACGACAGGUUCUCUCAUUUCUACAAAAGAAUUGAGAAGAACCGCCCGCUGCAAGGCGAAACGAACAUCCAAAGGGAAGAAAGGCUGCUAGCUGAGUACCAACGCCGGCAGAACUCGAGUCUACGUCAUUGGAAGUGGUCAAACCGACUGAGGAUUUCUGGUUGCAUGAUCGAUUUUGCCCAACAGCACAAGGACGAGCAAUUGCUACAUUUCUGGACCUAUGUCCAUGACGCUGUUGAGACACUCGGGGAGCGUGGCAUGUCGGACGAAGAAGAUAGUGUCGAGAAUGUCAUAAUUGACGGUGUUCCAACACAACAGGAUGUCAAAAAGGUGAAGAAAUUGUGGUUCCGGAACGAGACUUUCGAAGCACUCUUCCAGGAGGUCGAUGAAACCCCGAAGAUCGAAAACACAAUCUUCACCCAACAGGGUCCAGUCGCGGUGAAGAGGGUUCGUUCGAACAUCAUUGAUUAUCGCAAACCUCCUCGUGGCUAUCCCAAAGGAAUCCUGCGUACAGAGUACCUGGACGGGUUACUUGAGUUUGAGCUUGAGGAUCUCGAAUUUGCGGAGAGGGAAUUUGAAAUUCUUAUGUGA